ACUUCACAGUUCACAGCUACUUCACUAAGUCGAGCAUCUCGCCGUUGCUCAGAUCUGAUUUUCUGUCCUCUCGAAACUGAUGGUCUGAAGUUAAUAUCAAAGACACUGAAGGAAACCUGUGCACGCGGCCGUCGCAUGCUGUCAAGGUUGAUUGUUUUGCUGAACCAGAAAUCCAGGAAACCCUGGUUGGAUGAGGUCCUUUGCUAUAUUUCAUCUGCAUUCUCCAGAAUAACCUCUGUUCAGUGAGAUGAAUAUUUUAGAUCCACACAGUGACCAUGUGCACCCAACCAUGGUGCCUGCUAUCUCUGACCCUCAUGGGGACCAUACGACAUCCCCCGACAUGGGCCAUGGGGAUCACAUGAUGAUGAUGCAAAUGACCUUCUACUUUGGCUACAAAAACGUGGAGCUGCUAUUUGCUGGGCUGGUCAUCAACACACCAGGAGAAAUGGUAGGGGCGUGCAUUGGUGUGUUCCUGCUGGCUGUGUUCUACGAGGGUCUGAAGAUCGGCCGCGAGUUCCUGUUGAGAAGGAAUCAGGUGAACGUGCGUUACAACUCCAUGCCUGUCCCAGGAGCUGAUGGCACUGUGCUCAUGGAGACGCAUAAAACAGUCGGCCAGCGAAUGCUGAGUCUCGCACACUUUCUCCAGACCUUUCUUCACAUCAUCCAAGUGGUGGUCAGUUACUUCCUCAUGCUGGUGUUCAUGACGUACAACGGGUACCUGUGCAUCGCAGUGGCGGCGGGCGCUGGCCUCGGUUACUUCCUGUUCAGCUGGAAGAAGGCAGUGGUGGUUGAUAUUACAGAACAUUGUCAUUAACCUCUCUUGUGUGUAACCUCAAAAAAAAAAACAAAAAAAAAAACACUCAAUUCACAAUCCCAACAUGCACCGCAACUCUACAUGUGCAGAGCAAUAUAUGAAUUCAUUCAUCUUGGUUAAUAUCAGCCAAGUGGCUCUAUUAUUUUUAAAGCUCUGUUUUGAUUUGUUUUAUUCAAAUCAGCUCCAGAUUUCAUAUCCCGUCCCAGUAAUCACACAUGAGUGCACAGUCUACCUCCAUAGUGCUGAGAGCCACAACUGACAUUAUUUGUAAUAAUCAUUUGAUCUCAUGGAUUAUUACGCUCAUGAAGGUGCUUCUGGGUGUGAAACAACCUAAAUAAACCCUUUGCCUUAAAUGAGGGACCACACACAUACACCCAAGAGGGCGACUGUAGACUCUAGAAGCAAAACUGGAUCUGGUGGACCCAAUAUACAAGCACUACUGGCAGGAGGGUGUUUUUUUUUUUUGCUUUUUGAGGUUGUUAUGGCCAAGUGUUUCAAAUCAUUGAAACUGUGGUUAAUAAUCAGCGACCAUUGUUUAGACAUAAACACUGGACUGAGUGAUGUUUGCACAAGAAAGAGAGGUUUUUGGACAAAGUCGAACUUUGCACCCUUUGGAGAGUUUUUAAGUAAAUAUGGAGAGACUGGUGGAAAAUAAAUCAUAUCUGAUGCCA